AUGGCAUCAAGAGGUUUAAUUCGGCCAUGCAGCGCGCAGCGUGCCAUGCGCCAGGCUUUCUCCCAGGCUACCCGACCUAGCACUCAGUCUUCGAUCGCAGCUACAAGGACCGCCGUUUCGACAGUCUCGCCUCCCUUCCAGGCUUCUUCCUCAAGUCGCCGACUUUUCCACGACGUUCCGAGCCGGAGAAGAGACCAGCAGCCGCCAGCGCAGCCUCCCCCGACCGACUUUAGCGAGCUCGACGUACUCGGCAACACCCCAGCGCCCUCCACUUCGGUUGACGUGUGCAUGUACGAUGGAUUUGGGCUGAACAGCGGUCUCACGAUUACGGGCGGCAAUGGAGUUUUGCUGAUUGAUGGAGAGGUUUUCAACUGGCGCCCGUGGGAGGCUAAGGGUUCGCUGAAUCUUGUCAACAAGAAGGGCCAGUUUGAGCUACCUCCGAACGCAUUUUCGCUAUUUGACCUGAUAUGGCCCCGACCCGAUCUUCUGGUGAUCGGGGUUGGCCCAUCGAUCAUGCCACUCGCUCCCGCAACGAGACGGAUGAUCUCUGAGCUCGGCAUGCGAAUCGAGCUUCUGGACACAAGGAACGCAGCAGCACAGUUCAACCUGUUGGCGACAGAACGAGGUGUUGCAAACGUAGCGGCCGCUUUGAUACCGAUUGGAUGGAAGGAUGGUGUUGGGGCGCAAUGA